AGUAGUCACUCCUAUGAAUUAAAUAUUUGACAGAAUGUUUGUAUUAUAACCUAAAAAUAUCUUGUUUUUGUAAUAAAUCAAUUCCCUAUAAAACUAAUUAAAUUAAAUUUGUUAUUAUUAGAUAAAUUAUUAAAGAAAUCAAUGGCUACAUUAGAAGAUAAAAUUCUUGGUGAAAAAGCGCAGUACUAUUGUAGUAGCAGUGAGGAAAGUGAUAAUGACCAAAAUGAUGAUGAUGAGCCAAACAAACCCCAAAAGGAUAAUGUUGAAAGUGCGGAACUUCCAGAUAUUAAUAAAUGGGAAGGAACUUCUACAAACACUGGACCAAAAGGAGUAAUAAAAGACUGGCAGAGAUACAAACAGUUAGAGAAUGAAAAGAGAAUUGAAGAUGACACUGAAAAGAUCGAAUUGAUGAAAAAACUAACAUUAACUGUAAGGACAUCAUUAGAUGAAGAAAGGGAAAAGGCUGCUUUAGAAGAUCCUGAGUUAGCUGAGUUACUUAAUGAUGACUUCUUAAUUGCUUAUCAAAAACAGAGAAUGCAAGAAAUGAUUCAGAAUACAAAUUAUAAUUUUAAAUUUGGUGAUCUCAUUUUUCUACAAAACGGACAAGAAUUCCUAGAUGCAAUUGACAAAGAGCACAAAGCAGCCACUAUCAUUGUUCACAUAUACGAAGACACGGAAGCAUGUAGGAAUAUGAAUGUCUGCCUUAAGUCUCUUUGCAAAUUAUAUGUAAAUGUCAAAUUUUGUUGUAUCAAGGGUUCUGCUGCUGGUAUAAGUCAACAAUUUAAAGCUGACGGUGUGCCAGCAUUGUUGGUGUACAAGGCAGGGAACCUCGUUGGAAACUUUGUAAGGUUAUCAGAUGAACUCGGUUCGAAUUUCUUGUCAGAAGAUGUCCAGAAUUAUUUGGUCGAACAUGGGUUACUAGAAGAUAAGUCAUGCACUCCUAAAUUGGUCUCCAGCACUGAUGAUGCUGUUGACAGCGACUGAAAUGCAGAUUAGAAACAUGAGUACUGGUACACUUCUCUUCAAAUGUAACAAAGAGACAACGUAGUAAUCUGAUCUUAAGUUAGCAUAACCAUAUAACAGUUUUUAACAGAUGGUUGGUAAAAACUGGUUUGAAAAAAUCGGUAAAUUUGUGCCAUAUUGGAAACUAGCAAUAAAAUUUACAAAGAGAUUUGUACAAGGGUUAGAUCCCAAUCCUCAUAUGUGUGUAUUUCACAAUGAAAAUGAAUUGACCAAUUAUCUGCAUUCCAUCUCAUAUUGAAUAAGGUUCAUUAUUAUAUAUUUUAAUGAAUAUGAACAUUUUUUAGAAUUCACAAGGAAGAAUAUCCUGUAGGUGGCUGUAUACCAUUAAUUAUUACUAAUUAAGUAUUUUCUAUGGGAAAUAAGCCACAAUUUUACU